AGUUCCACCCAGACAAUGUUUCGAUUACCGUCACCUCGACAAUUGGCGCGGUUUGCCCGUUCAAAUCCCAUGAAACACUUCACCCCACGCCAACCCUUUGCGUUCCCGCCUUCCGCACCCCGCCGCUUCUCGCGUUCCUUUUCCUACAACUACUCACAACCAUUCAAUCCUCAUCACAAAAGAAACAGAUUCCUCUCUGUGCUAGCUGUUUUCACCGUGGCAACAGGCGCUUCCUACUACUUGUUCUGGCCACACCACACAUUCCCCAGCUCAGUCGCCAAAAUCCUUCGAAAAGGCCUUUGGGCAGAAUCAGAUAAAGGUGAUAAAGACUAUGCGCUUGCACUCAAACACUAUAUUGAAGCUCUUCAGGAGUGUGACAAGUUGGAACUCGACCGUCUCAGUGACGAAUACACCGGGAUCCAACUCAAGAUGGGCGAAAUGUACGAGCGGCUCGGAAUGAUUGAUGAGGCUAAUUUUCUCUACAACGAGAUUUCCACCAUGUACUUGAAGGUUCUCACCGAUAAGUCUGUCACCCUAUCCGAUCCCAGGCGAUACCAUCUUGUGCAAAAAGACUUGCGGGUAGUAGCAAAAUUAGUGCAGCUUAAUCGCACGAACCUCGGUCUCUGUAAGGCCAUUUUGAUCACCCAUGCCAUUCUCCCUAACAUCAUCAUCGACAACAAGCUCGGGCAGAAGUUGAGCCAGCUUUCGAUGGCAGACCUUGACUCGCCCGAAAGUGCUGGCCGCCUCCAAGCCGUGCGCUAUCUCCCAUUCCUUGACGAGUAUAUCAACAUGAUGGAUAUGCUUAUUGCCAUCAACAUCUCUCUUGGAGACUACAGCUACUCCAUCAACGUCAACUUGAACUUGAACAAACUUAUGUUACUUGUCAAAUAUGCUCCCGACAAGGUGCUCCUCAACCAGUGCAACUUGGGGCUGUUGUUGUACUUCCAGGGGGGAGUAUUUGAAGCGGAGAUGGUUAGUAUAUUGAAGAAGCACGGUUUGGACAUCAAGCACAAACGUCCUGACCAGUACGCCAACGGAACUGAGGUUCCGGAGGAGGAUAGGAUCAAGUUCAAUGCUCUCCAUCACAACUUUGCCCAAUGCGUGGCUUUGGCAUCUGAGGCAUACGAAAAUGUCACCAAGAUUGCCAAUAAUCUUACAAGAAACGUCCGGAUGGGCCAGGACUCUAAGGAUGAUGAAAAGGAGGAAACAGCGGUGGCCGAGUUGGUGGCGCUUGCAACGUACUCGCUCGGAGUGAUCCACCUUCAUUUGGGUAAUUAUUCUCAGCUGGAGCGGUUUCUUAGAGAGUCUCGUGUCAAGAGCAAGAGUUGUGAUUAUCAGGAUCUUCUCGGUGAGAUUGAGAGCGAGUUGGGCAAACUAUUUGCCGAGAAGAAGAGAUUGCAAACUAAUGAGGCCAGUAGAUAAUAGACUACAGAAGCCUCCAUCACCUGUAAAUGCAAGCAAGCUUAAAUUUUUCGAACCCCUGCUAAAAGGGCAUUGGUCCAUUUGGUAUGGUUGGCGUGUUAAGAUCCAUCCAAACCUUAAUAUGGCCAGGGCUACGGGUCAAGGCUGGAUAUUCCGCCUUAGAUCGACACAGGCCUAUUGGGGCAGAUCGCCUCCUGCCUACAACCCGCAUAUCCAUACAUAAAUGUACGUCUAGACUC